CUUACCUACCUAGGUAGCUGACGUGGAGAUACUGUGCACAGAGCACUUACCUACCUAGGUAGCUGACGUACAUCCUUACACCUUGCGUCUGCCGAGUCAAGUUGGCAGCUGCACGUACUGUACUUCCUUCCUCCAUAUUGCAGAUCCCAGCGGUCUGGCUAGCCGCUAGGGAAAAGGCCGUUUGGUGGAACUUAUUAGUCUUCCCUCAAAGCUUGUCCCCGGCCGGAGUGUCUGUUCUCGGCUGUCUGAUUUCGCUGUCCGGCCAGUCCCACACCGAAAGCGGACUGGGCUGUGCUGCUAUUGCAAUGCGACUCUGACAAGCAGGCAUGGCCAGUCCCACCCGCGCGCCGACGACCUGCUCGGUGCGAUACCAACACGUCAAUACCAAGGCGGAUGGAACGGAGAUCAAAUCACGCCUCUUGUCACUUUGCCCUUUUGUGGUGGGGAACCGAUGCCCUGUUCCGCCUGACCAGAAUAUCCUGCCACCCGCACCCCCCCCCCUGGCCAGCAUCCCCCGGCCUCCGCGUGUUCCCAUCUCGUCAUCCUGACGCGGUUCUGCCCUUUGAGAACUAGAAACCCUCGAGGCUGAUUGAUGACCGACCACUGCACUUGCAAACUCUGUGAUAAUGGAGUAGGUAUGCUUCCGCUUUUCUCGAUGUGGGCAACAGGGCACAUAUUGCCUGCAGCUACGUGACUACCCAGAAAGGAAACCCACAAGUCGGAGCCCGGUACCAACUGUCAACCUACCCAAGUGGGCUUGUGUGCAGACGACGCUACGACGCUACCUUCCAUCCUGAGCAGAUGCAGGAGAAAGCGGUAAACGGGAUGGCGCCGUUCAUGCGUUUGUGUAGCAUCACAACGGCCUUGGUUGUCCAUCACGUCCCCACACAUCGUCCACGACCAUGAUUAUAAAAGCAGGUCUUUCGUGACCUCCAGCGUCCAGUAUCACUUCUUUGCCUCAUCAUCAGCAGCAUCUCGAGCAACUCCUUGGAUAUAUCAUCACUCCAGCCCGCCUCGAUCCUCUCACUUGCCUUCUAUCCUCAUCUCUACCUACCGCCAUCCAUUACCCACCCACACAAACCACCCAGGCAGCUAAAAUGCGUGCCUCCUUCACCGCGGCACUCUCCCUCUUCCUCGGCGUCCAGAGCGUCGCCGCCGUCGCGGAGCUCUUCAGCGUGACCUGCAGCGACCUCUCCCUCGACGGCACCGUCCUCAAGGCCCAGUGCAAAAAGGAAGACAGCACCCGUGCCCCGGCCAGCAUGGACCUCAACGGGAUCAUUGAGAUCAAGGAUGCCAAGCUUGCGUGGAAGCAGGAUGGUGCCGGCUACACCUCUGCGUGCUCAUCCUGCGCUCUGUACAGAGACUACAACCCCCGCGAGACCAAGUACUGGGGAUAUCCAUUCCUGCUGCGCCAGGCCAUGAAGUGCUCCUGCUCGGGCGUUGAGCAAACCAUCAUUCUGGACGAGAAGAUUGGAAAUGACAAUGGCAAGCUCUAUGUCCAACUUUGGUAGAUGGAGGGAAGUCUGCAAGGACAUUCGUAUUCUUCCCAGCUGUUUCUUUUCCCCUUUGGGUCGGGCGUUUUCAUUCCCAGAAAUCGUUGAGCAUCUUCCUUUUUGCCAUGCAGCAUCCUUUUUUCUCCCCCAAUAGUCACGCUCUUGGCAUUGCCGCUCCAAGGGCAUACCCUUGGAUUGUUAAUUUCUAACAAUGUAAAUACCCAUGUUACAAACAUAUUUCCCAUUUCGGCGUAAAUGCACACCCACAAACCCCCAACCGUUCAUAUGUCAGUGACCAACGGUGAAAAUAACGAGAGCUGAACAACGAC